AUGCAUCCUAGCGGCGGCGCACUGUCGGUGCCACCGGGCUUCCGGUUCCAUCCCACUGAUGAGGAGCUCCUCUACUACUACCUGAGGAAGAAGGUUGCUUAUGAGGCCAUAGACCUUGAUGUCAUCAGGGAGAUCGAUCUCAACAAGCUUGAGCCAUGGGACCUCAAAGAUCGGUGCAGGAUAGGGACGGGGCCUCAGAACGAGUGGUAUUUCUUCAGCCACAAGGACAAGAAGUACCCGACGGGUACGAGGACAAACCGGGCCACGACGGCAGGGUUCUGGAAGGCGACUGGCCGGGACAAGGCCAUCUUCCUCGGCAGCAGCGCCAGGAGGAUCGGCAUGAGGAAGACGCUCGUGUUCUACGUCGGCAGGGCUCCCCACGGCAAGAAGACCGACUGGAUCAUGCACGAGUACCGCCUUGAUGAAGACAACGUUGAGAUUCAGGAAGAUGGCUGGGUGGUGUGUAGGGUUUUCACGAAGAAGAGCUACACGAGAGGUAUGAACCCGGCAGAGAUGGCGGCAUUCGAUGAAGACGAGCUCCUCCACCCCUUCCCAGUUUCAGAUUCCAACACGGGUGAAAUGCAACCGUCGAUGGACCAGAAGCAUAUCAUGCACAACUCCCACCUUAUGCAGCAGCACAGCAGCCAACAGCAGCACUAUGGUUUCCCAUCCUUCGACGCCUCCAUGCAGCUCCCGCAGCUCAUGAGCGCUGAGCACGAGCAGCCGCCGCUCCCCUCCUUCAUGCCUGCCGUGGCCAUGAGCUCGCUCGAGGUCGAGUGCUCUCAGAACCUGAUGAAGCUCACGUCCGGCGGUGGCAAUGGGAUGCUCCAGCACCACCACGGCGGCGGAAGCGGCGAUCCCCACUUGGCGGCCCCCACGGAUUGGUCCAUCCUGGACAAGCUCCUCGCCUCGCACCAGAACCUGGACCAGCUCUUCCAAGGCAAGGUCACCGCCGCAGCAGCAGCAUCAAUGGCGCCUUAUCAGCAACAGCUGCUCAUGGAGCAGCUAGGUGGCAGCAGUACCUCCCCCAUGCAGAGGAUUCCACUGCAGUACCUCGGCUGCGAGGCCGCCGACCUCCUCAGGUUCUCAAAGUAG